UGUGCUUGACGUCAUAACCUCUCCUACAGUUGUGAUCUGUGUACUUUUGGUUAAUUAUCGCAGUGGACGCAAUGACAAGGCCAAAAUAACAUCGCGUUGGUGCACAUCAUAACUAGCGAGACGUAGUGUGGUUCGAGACGAGGUAGGAGUGACAUCUGAGUUCGUGGCGAACGAAAGGACAAACUCAUCACGAACAUAGAAAAUGGCAGCUGAACGAAUCAGAGUGUUAAACUGCCAUCUGGUUCCUAGCCAACCUGCGGCAAACGCGACAGCAGCAGCAGCGACGGCAGUAAGUUUGGCCAGGGAUUUUAGAUACACGUUGGAUAAUCCGCGCUUUACUUUGGAGCAACGUCAGUUUUAUGAGGACAACGGCUACAUCGUGUUUCCUCGACUCGUUGGAGAAGAACUACUGGAGGAAUGCGCGGACCGCUUCCGUGCACUGUGUGAUGGAAAAGUCGAGCGCGGGGCUAUUACACUUAUGGCUGAUGUAUCGUUACGUCAGAAAGGAGCCAAGGGCGAAUACCUUUACAACAAAGCACAAGAUAUUGCCUACGAUGACGUGAGUGAAUUGUUUGUCAACAAAUUAUACAACAUUCGCAAAUGUCGAAUUCAAACAGGGGAGAAGGGAGAAAUAUAUUUCACGUUUUUCAAUGUCAAUAUUUUAUCCUUAGAACACUUUUGA